AGUCACAAAGGAUUCAAGACUGUUGACAAUAUACGGAAUCCGUUACCGAAUUCCAUGACAGAUUGUAAAGGAUGCGGUUUCUUUCCUAGGAACCGUGUGGUGGGUGUGACAGGCAAGACGUGGGAAGAUAUGGGGGGAUGCAGUGGGAGCUGGUGGGGUGUCUGGCGCUGGCUUGGCUCAUAGUCUUUGCCUGCAUGGUCAAGGGCGUCAAGACUUCCGGCAAGGUGGUUUACUUCACCGCCCUGUUUCCCUACGUCGUCCUCAUCAUUCUCUUCGGCAAGGGUAUCACACUUGAGGGAGCCAGCCUGGGAAUAGAUUACUAUUUUCUGAAGCCUGACUGGUCACGCCUCGCGGACACAGAGGUGUGGAGUGAUGCUGCGAUUCAAAUUUUCUAUUCACUUGGGUCUUCCUAUGGCGGUCUCAUCACUCUGGCUUCGUACAACAAAUUUAAAAACAACUGUAUGAGAGACGCCAUCGUGAUCGCCUUCGCCAACUGCUCAACGUCGGUGUUCGCGGGUUUCGUCAUCUUCAGCAUUCUGGGUUUCCUGGCCCAUGAACUGGGCGUAGGCGUGGAGGAAGUGGCGUCGUCAGGGUCUGGCCUGGCCUUUGUAGUGUACCCGGCCGCCGUGACGCUCAUGCCUUUAGCGCCCCUCUGGUCCCUGCUCUUCUUCGCCAUGCUCAUCACCCUCGGUCUCGACUCCCAGUUCACGAUGGUAGAGGCAGUGACCACGGCUAUUUUAGACCAAUUCCUGUCCCUUCGGUCACGGAAGCCACUGGUAGUGGGCGUGACGUGUCUACUGCUUUUCAUCAUGGGCCUCACCAUGUGUCUCGAGGGCGGCGUGUACAUGUUUGAACUCUUCUUCUUCUUCUCUUCCGGCCUUUCCGUCAUCAUACUGGCGAUAACUGAGAUUGUGGGAGUCCACUAUGUUUAUGGGUUUAAAAAGUUUUUCCGACACAUUACGGAAGACAUGGGCAUCGUUGUCCCCAGACCACUUCACGCCUACUGGCUCCUCACGUGGUGUGCGGUGACCCCACUGGCGCUCCUGGGCAUUCUGGUGUUCUCAGUGAUUUACUCCGUCCCAGCUUACUGGGGUGAAUAUGUCUUCCCGCUCGGAAUACAAGUGCUCGGGUGGCUCCUUCUCUUCUCCUCGUUUCGUUUUCUCCUCGUAGACGUUUACGUCUACUUUCAAGAUAUACAUACAAAUUUAGGGCUUUCCUAACACACACAUGUAGGAGUAUUGUCAGGAAUAUUAAAAUAAGGCAAGGUGUCACGACACUUGGGUAGAGAAAUCCUGGUUUCAGAUAUGCUGGUAAAGAUGUCUCUAGAGCCUCUGAAAACUCUCUUGUGUUUGAGAAGGAAAGAGUGGAUAACGAGUUAGUUAUAAAAGAAAUCCUUGACUUUGUCAAAUUCUUCAGGAAAGUGACAGGGAAUACCUUAUAAGAAAGUGCUGUCAUGAAAGCUAAGUGAAACCGAGAAGGGUAAGUGGUUAGUUUACUAGAACGUACAUGACAAGCAUCUUGUACCGUAUAAUGUCCUAUAACCUCCUCAUAGGUGGUCCCUUCUGGGCAAGUCACUGAGACAUAAAAGGUUUCUGUGAAAUAAAAGCAAUGAUAUCCAUGAAAGUUACAAUGGAAAAUAGGUUUUGAAACCACAUGCUUGUAUGGACAGAGUGAUAGAGCUGUAGACGCCUCUGAACGUGUCAAGGCAACUUCACAAAUUCCAUUUACUACAGAUAAGAAGGCAAACUGGAUACUAGAACAAUGGUACAAAUGUAAGUAUAAAUGUAAGUAUUUACAACGUUUUAAUUCAGUUAAAUCUCCAAUUGUAUAUAAUGAAAAAUGUCCAGUGUCAUCACCGAAUUAUUAAUGAAGAAUGAAGAGGGUUUAAUCUCAUAGGCCUCAAAAUUAUCCAGAGAUUUAAAAGGUAUGUUUACAAUUAUUGCAUCUGUGGUCAAGAUAGCUUCUAGCAAUGGGUAGUAAUAUUAGAUCAUGUGCGUUGCAUACAAUGGUGUCAAUUUGUAUGUUGACUGACCAAUUUCUAGUGUGUGAAGCAAACCCUCUACAGGAAAUAGGGAAGUUGUUACCCUGCCAUUGACAGUACAGAGGAGAAUGACUAAAAGAAUACAGGGGAUGAGGAGUAUUCCUUACGAGGCGAGACUGAAGCUGUUAAAUUUACAUUUUUUAGAGAGACGUAGGUUAAGAGGGAACC